CGGAGGGUGAGUCGGGGCGUGUAAUCUUGGAAUCGAACUCGGUGGUCGGUGUCCCCAAACCCCGUAACCCUUGUCGAGGUUUUGGAGAGAGAGAGAGAGAGGAAAUCUGUGAGCGAAGAAGACGAAGAGAGAUGUCGGAAUCGCAGCCAGUGGCCAACGGGGAGCCGGUCGUUGGCGAGAAUCAGGCCAAACCGGAAGAGGUGAUGAAGAGACCGCCGCCCUCGAGACCGGUCAUCAUCGCCGACCUCAACGUCGAUCCUCCCGAGAGCGACGGUGAGGACUGCGCGCUCGACUCCGUCCCCCACUCUAUCCCCAGGAACAGCAUGGAUGAGAGCAGUACAGUCAACAGUGCAGCGAUUAUCAGAGAUUCUGAUAUCAUCGAUGGUGAAGAUCUUGAUCAACAUUGUCAAGGAGUUUCUGUGUCUCGUGAGGAAAAAGUCAGUAGUCUGAAAGCUGGUUUGGUACAUAUGGCGCGAAAGAUGCCGAAAAAUGCUCACACACACUUUGUCCUUGGGCUAAUGUACCAGAGACUGGGCCAGCCACAGAAGGCAGUAUUAGCUUUUGAAAAGUCAACAGAGAUACUACAAAAGGAUGAAGAAGAAAUUCAAAGAACAGAUUUGCUCUCUUUAGUGCUGAUACAUCAUGCACAGUGCCUUUUGCUAGCAAAUGCUGGGGAUAGUUCAGAAAAAGAGCUUGAAGGAGAUGAAUUAGAGGAAAUUCUUGUCAAGUUGAAAUGUUCAGUUGAAUCUGAUGCUAAACAAGCAGCUUUUUGGAAUACGCUUGGUUUACUACUUCUUAGAACAGGACGACUGCAGAGUGCUAUAUCAGUUUUAUCAUCUCUGUUAGCAAUUGUUCCAGACUACUUGGAUUCACUAGCAAAUCUUGGAAUUGCUUACCUUCAAAGUGGGAAUUUGGAAUAUUCUGCAAAAUGCUUUCAAAACCUUCUUCUAAAAGACCAAAACCAUCCUGCUGCUCUGAUGAACUAUGCAACUUUGCUUUUGUGUAAAUAUGCUUCAAUCAUCCCAGGUCCAGGUGCCAAUGCAGGAGAAGGGGCUUUUGUGCAUCGAGUAGAAGCUACAACUGUUGCAAAGGAGUGCUUAUUAGUGGCAGUGAAAGCUGAUCCACGAGCAGGCCCAUUAUGGGUGAAUCUUGCCAAUGCAUAUUAUGUGUCAGGUGAUCACAGGAGUGCCAAAAAGUGCCUGGAGAAGGCAGCAAAUUUAGAGCCUAUUCAAAUGUCUACCAGGUAUGCAAUAGCAGUUCAUCGAAUCAAAGAUGUUGAAAGGACACAAGAUUCUAGAGAACAGCUUUCAUGGGCUGCAAAUGAAAUGGCUUCUAUUCUGAAAGAAGGUGACCCUGCAAUUAUUGAUCUUCCAAUAGCAUGGGCAGGAUUGGCAAUGGCUCAUAGAGCUCAACAUGAAAUAGCAUCUGCUUUUGGUUCUGGGCAGAUGGAUUUGGAUGAAGCAGAUGAGCGAGCUCUGUAUACAUUAAAACAGGCAAUUGAAGAGGAUCCAGAUGAUGCAAUUCAAUGGCAUCAACUUGGUUUACACAACCUCUGUACCAUGCAAUUCAAGGCAUCUGUUAAGUUCCUCAAGGCUGCAGUAGCCCGAUCAAGAGAAUGCAGCUUUGCAUGGUCCAAUCUUGGUAUCGCUCUGCAAUUAACGGAUGACCCAUCUUCAGCUGAAUUGGUAUACAAGAAAGCGCUCUCGUUUGCUGCAAACCAACAUGCUCACGCCAUCCUGUCCAACCUUGGUAAUCUUUACCGGAGACAAAAGAGGUUCAAUGAUGCCAAGGUAAUUUUUGCAAAGUCUCUGGAACUUUGCCCUGGAUAUGCACCAGCCUACAACAAUCUUGGGCUUGUUUAUGUGGCUGAGGGCCUCUGGGAGGAGGCUAAAACCUGUUUUGAAAAGGCUCUACGGUCGGACCCACUACUUGACGCUGCCAAGUCCAACAUGACAAAGGCAGAUGCCAUGACUAGGAUCCAGGAAACAAUGCGGACAAUUUAAUAGAAUAUCUGGUGGCGCCUGUCAAUGCUCUUUGAGACCACAAUCAGAACAGGAAACUCUGCUCCAGUUAAAAGCAUCAGCCAAGGGUUGCUGGAAGAAACUCUUUGCUUAUUUUCAGAUUCACAACACACUACUUGGUCUGAUGUACAGAGGUAGAUGUAUACCGGUGAUUGCAAUGCAAACUGCACAGUCGAGAUCACCAUCGGCUAGCAUGAUGAUCUUCUGGAAGCAAUUAUUUAUAUUGUACCUGAAGCAUCUGAUUAGGUCACAAAUUUACGGAUGUUACUCAGCCAAACAUGCAGGUCCCUCCACAUUAUAAUCUGAAGCGUGCAAAAGCUGCCAAACCCUGUAUAUGCAAUUUGUACGUAGGUAGCGUAGAUGAUGUCGUGUUGUUUUUCUAUUAUCAUGUUUUCCAACCCACUUUUUUUUUUUGUAACAGAUUUCUGGCAUUCUUGAGCUCAUUUAUCUUACGAAUGAAUGAGUGCAAUACUGUCGAAGCAUUUCUUUUUGGUCAAAAACUGCUGUUUCAAUAGGCCAGUGGAUCAUGAAAUCUGUAAAAUGUCAUCAUGUACAUCCUAUAUGUUCCUGACGUUACUGAUGUAUCAGAUCCAACAGGA